AGUUAACUCAAAGUCUCAAAGUUCAAACGUAAGGCUUGGAUUCUGAAAAUAUUUUCUAGGUCGCGCCACAGGAAAGAGAUAUGCAAACGACUGUUUGGUUUGUGCGACUUCCCCUCCCUAUCUAUGGCGUGAUCACCGAACAUACAAAUAGGGUCUACAGUGCGCGCUCGUCCGCAGUGUGGCAUGGAGUUCUGUAGUACACACGUCUGAAAACUGGCAGCUCUGAGAACGAUUGGAGAAACUCUUUGUGCUGAGGACAUUUGAACAAGCUUCUCUGCGAAAAAAACAAUUUUUUUGUGUGCUCAGGACGUUUGAAAAAGAUUCUCUACUAAAAACGUUUAAAAAAAAGGAACUUUGCUAAGAUUGACUAGGGAAAAAUAUCAUUGUUCGAACAUUAUGGUCGCCAUGCUGGAGCUGCUGCCGUUGUCGCCGACCUGGGUACUGGUUGGAGUGUGCCUGGUCCUCUACUAUCUGUAUCUAACAUGGCCAUUCUACACGUUCAAACGGCUGGGGAUCCCCGGUCCCAAGCCCGUAGUGAACUUCGGAAACAUCCUGAGCUACACAGAGGGAUCGCACGUCUUCGACUGCAAAUGUUAUAAGCAGUACGGCAAAGUAUUUGGGUUCUUUGAAGGCCGGACACCAAUGCUGAUGGUCGGCGACCUGGAAAUAAUAAAGGAGAUCACAGUGAAGCAGUUCAACAACUUCAGCAACCGUAGGGAUCUAGGCUCCCUCCUUGAAGCCUUUGCAGGCGGCCUGUUCGUGAUCGAGGACACCGACUGGAAGCGGGUCCGCAGCGCCAUCUCACCAACCUUCAGCUCAAGCAAGCUCAAACAGAUGUCCGCGCUUGUGGAGAAGUGUGCCGACGGUCUGGUCUCCAGUCUGAUGGAGAAGCAGGAAAAGAGAGUCAUGUUCGACAUGAAAGAGCUGUCCUCUGCAUUCUCCAUGGACGUGAUCUCCAGUACGGCGUUCGGUGUGGAGGUGGACUCUUUCAAACACCCGGACCAUCCCUUCGCUACCCACGCCAAGGCAAUCUUCAAGAUCAACAUGCUCAAAGGGUUUUUCUAUGUCAUGCUACCGCCUCCAUUCAACCACAUCUUCAAGCUCCGGGGGUUCUCCCUCUUCCCGAAGUUUGCCACGGACUUUUUCAAGCAAACCGUGCACAAUGUCAUCAAGAUGAGAAGAGGCAACCCUGACGAUGAUAAACGAGUGGACUUCCUUCAACUCCUGCUGAAGGCGCACAAUAAGACUCUAGACGAGAAGACAAGUGAAGAGGCUGUCGACAAGCAAGGCCUGUCCAUGACGGAGAUCGUAGGGAACUCCCUAGCCUUCUGGUUGGCAGGUUACGACACCACCGCCAACACCAUCGCACUCACGGCCUACAACCUCGCCUUUAACCAGGAGGCACAGGACAAGGUCAGGGAAGAGAUCGACCGAGUUGUACAGGCACGGGGGAAGCUGGACUACGAGGCUCUGAACGAGAUGCGCUUCCUGGAGAUGUGCGUCAACGAAACCCUGAGGAUCUAUCCUGGGGCAAAGAGGUUUGAUCGUGUCUGUAAGGAAGAUAUCGAGGUGAAAGGUCUGCACAUCCCGGCGGGGACCAUCAUCAACAUCCCCGCCUACGCCAUCCACCACGACCCGGAGAUCUGGCCGGAGCCGGAGAAGUUCAGACCAGAGAGGUUCUCUAAGGAACAGCAGGAGUCACGUGACCCGUACGCCUUCCUGCCCUUCGGCUCCGGACCAAGAGCCUGUGUGGGCAUGCGCCUCGCCAUGCUGGAAAUCAAACAUGCGCUGGCUAAGGUCUUGGAGAAGUUCCGUUUCGUCACUUGUGAGAAGACUGAGGUUCCCCUUCGUCUGGAGAACAAUAACGGUAAUCAGGUGACAGGCGGCGUGUGGUUGAAGGUGGAGGCGCGCACACACACUCCCAGGGUCCGCAUGUCUUCAGCCUAACCGGUGGUGCGGCCAAGGAAAACAAUGAAGACCUUAACUUGAAAGUUCAUCUGUGUUGGUAGAAGUCAUUACUGAAGUGAUUUAACUGUAAUAUCCAACACAAAAAUUGGACCCACCAUAUGGCAC